AUGACUUCUCAGAAAUCAAGUACCGUAUUCACCGUCUUCCGGGGCUUGCAUGAUGUGGGCUAUACCUGGUCUCCAUUCGUGACGAAGCUCGAGGCUCGGUUGCGAUUCGGCAAUGUUGCAUACCGCGUCGAGACAGGAUCUAUGAAGGAAGCCCCGCGGGGGAAAGUUCCAUAUGUGUCUGUCACACAUGCAGAUGGGCAGAUCGAAAUGAUGUCGGACUCGACGCUUAUUGCGAAGGCCUUGAUCGAGACGGGAACCUUGCAAGAUCUAAAUGCCAAGCUAUCACCUUCUGAGAAAUUGAACGAGAUCAGUUUCAAAGCCUUGUUUGAAGAAAGGCUUUACUUUUACCAGGGAUACGAAAGAUGGAUAUUGAACUACUACGCUAUGAGAUUCAAGAUUCUGGGUUCCUUGCCAUGGCCAGUCCAAGUCGUAGUGGGGAAUAUUAUCUAUCUCAAGUACACAUGUACCCUGUCAGGCAUGGGAAUCCUGAAGUUCAGCGCUAAUGAAAUUGCUGGGUUCUGCCGAGAGAUCUGGGAGACCACAAGCGAACAAUUGAUGGCGGUCCGCGCCCAACGCCAGGACCAGGAAGGCCCCUUUUGGCUGUGGGGUGGCGACACCCCGACCGAAGCCGAUACCGUUCUGUUCGGAUUCGUUGUUUCGAAUCUAGUUAGUGCUGCGAGCCCGGCUUCUGCUGCCACUAUCAAGAGUCAUCCUGUUCUUGUUGACUACGCGCGUCGGAUCCAUGACCACUACUUCCCUGACUAUGAACUCUGGAAAUAG